AACUAGUGAAAUCAAUGGCUACUCUUGGAGGUAUUAGCGAACCUAAGGGAACUCAAAACAGCCUCGAGAUCAACAGCCUUGCUCAAUUCGCUGUCGAAGAGCACAACAAGAAGCAGAAUUCGGUUUUGGAGUUUAGUAAGGUGAUAAGCACCAAGGAGCAGGUGGUUGCAGGGACGAUGUAUUAUAUCACACUGGAAGCGAGUGAUGGUGGUGUGACGAAGACGUAUGAAGCCAAGGUUUGGGUGAAACCAUGGAUGAACUUUAAGGAAUUGCAGGGGUUUGAACUUGUUAAUGCAUAGCUUUUCUAUGGUGAGAGUGCUAAUAAUGGGUGUAAGUCUUAAAAUGUAUGCAUCUUUCUAUUCAAGUAAAUGCUAAAGAUUUUUAUGAAUGUUGUGUAAGUUUGUGUUGUAUAUUUAACAUCUAAUAUGUGUUUUCAAUGUUAAAUUGGUUGUGAAAGUUUGCUUCUUUUUGUUCA